UCUUCCCACUUUCUACGAUCCCGCAAUCUGUCCUCAGCCUCAACUUUUAGCCGAGCCACAUCAAAUUUGUGUAUUGUUCUUCCUUUUCCACAAGUUCUGUUUGGUUGAUCACAUGAAAACACAUGGCUCCUGGAAAUUUCCCUGUAAUCCAGUGGAAGGAUGUAACAAAAGUAGAGUUAAUGGUUUACAGUUAAGAUGCCUUAUCAGCAUUUUUCCUCUGAAGUUGACUUGCGCUAGAGAAAUAUGGCUAGGCCAAAAAUGUGCAUUUUGAUCAUCAUUUGAAGUUUUUGCGAGAUCAUCUCCCCCAUGAAUUUUUCAGCUAGAUGCACACCAUGGCUGGCAUCUGUAGCCCUGUUGCUUUUGCUGCUGACUCCUUUGAGUUGGAGCUCAAGCCUCGAGACGGCAUCAACAACCAAGAGAAAGGAACAGAUAAGAGGAAAACAUGGUGUUGUUGCCACGGAUGAUGGUCGAUGCUCCAAAGUUGGAAGAGAUGUUCUUCGCGAAGGAGGUCAUGCUGUUGAUGCAGCAGUUGCUGCUGCCCUUUGCUUGGGUGUUGUUAGCCCGGCCUCUAGUGGCAUUGGUGGAGGUGGAUUUCUGAUUGUUCGAUCAGCUGAUGGGAAAGCUGAGGCUUUUGAUAUGAGAGAAACCGCUCCAAAAAGAGCUUCCCAGAAUAUGUACUCGGGAAAUGAAACGAUUAAAGCUGCUGGUGCGCUUUCUGUAGCAGUUCCAGGGGAAUUGGUAGGUCUCCACGAGGCUUGGAAGCAGUAUGGAAGGCUUCCUUGGAGUAGGCUUGUCAGGCCUGCAGCAUAUUUUGCUUGCCAUGGAUUCAGGAUUUCACCAUAUCUCCACGUGCAAAUGGUUGCAACAGAAUCAGAAAUUCUGGCAGAUAAAGGACUUCGAGAGAUUUUUACAUCGAAUGGCAGCCUCUUGCAGCCAGGGGAUAGAUGUUACAACCGAAAACUAGCAGACACACUGAUCAAAGUUUUAAAGGAUGAAUUGAAAUCUUUCUGCAAUGGGACAAUUGCAUAUGACUUGGUUAAAGAUGUCCAGGACGCUGGAGGAAUACUCAGCCUGGACGACAUGCAGCGUUACCAAGUUAAGAUCAGAGAACCAAUCUCUACCAAUAUCCUGGGGGUUGAAAUACUCGGAAUGCCUCCUCCUUCUUCUGGAGGUGCUGCAAUGGUUCUUACACUAAAUAUUCUAGCACAAUAUGGAAGUUCUGUGAAUAGCUCUAAUCCCCUCUUGGCACACAGAACGAUUGAGGCUUUAAAGCAUGCAUUUGCCGUGAGAAUGAACCUUGGAGAUCCAGAUUUCGUUAACAUCAAAGAUGUCUUAAAUGAUAUGCUCUCAAUGGAAUUUGCACAAGAGUUGCAGAAGACCAUCAAUGACAAUAUGACCUUUAGCCCUCCUCAUUAUGGUGGCAGGUGGAAUCAAAUCCAUGACCAUGGAACUAGCCAUGUGUCAAUUGUGGACACUGACAGAAAUGCUGUGUCAAUGACUAAUACCAUAAAUGGAUACUUUGGUGCUAAAUUUCUUUCACCAUCUACUGGCAUAGUCCUCAACAAUGAAAUGGAUGACUUCUCCAUGCCUGAUAAUGCUUCUACAGAUGAGCCUCCACCAGCGCCGGCCAACUUUGUUCAUCCAGGCAAAAGACCUCUGUCAUCCAUGUCACCUACAAUUGUUCUCCAGGGAGGAAAGUUGAAGGCUGUUGUAGGUGCAAGUGGAGGAUCCAAGAUAAUUGCAGGAACAGCAGAGGUAUUCUUGAACUAUUUUGUUAAUGGGAUGGAUCCUCUGGCUUCUGUCAUGGCUCCAAGGUUUUAUCAUGAGCUGAUCCCUAAUGUGGUGAAUUAUGAAGACUGGAAAGUAGUGACCGGAGAUCACUUUGAAGUUCCUGAGGAAACAAGGAGUUUCCUGAAGAAGAGAGGCCAUGUACUAAAAAGUGUUGCAGGUGGGACAAUUUGCCAAUUUGUGGUUCAAGAUCUGGAGUCUAAUGAGCUUGUGGCAGUGAGUGAUCCAAGAAAGGGUGGUUUUCCUGCGGGUUUUUGACUUUAUAAGCAGUCAUUUUUUCAGGGCUCUAGUGAAAUAGUAUAUGCCCAUUUUUUAUUGUUGUGCCAAUAAAUAUUAUGUCCAAUUUCUAUAUCAAAUGAAAGCUAUUGAGUAGAGGGAAUGUUCAUUUGUUCAACAAUAACCUUCACCAAAAUAUUUGUCUAAUUGUUAGAGAUGAAUUCCUUGUUA